UUCAUCUUCAAGUUCCCCACCUUUUGCUUGUUCCUUCAAUUCCGUCUUCCCAAGUUCUGACCGUUCAAGAUGAAUGGCAAGUCCAGGCUCUCUUAUUCACCGGGGUACAUGAAACAGUCGCAGACGUCCCCGAAUCGUGUGCUUAAAGCAUGUGAUAGGUGCCGAUUGAAGAAGACCAAGUGUGAUGGCAAAAGGCCCUGCAGCCGCUGUGAAGCCGAAGACACGGUUUGCUCGUUUGCGAUGCCAAAGAAGUUUCGCAACGUUGUACAUCCAAAAGGCUCAGUGGAAAUGCUGUUACAGCAGCAGGAAUGGCUCGUGUCCGGCCUUCUUGAGCUGUACCGGCGUACUCAACUCGGCUGCGGAUCUUCAAGCGACUCACCUCCCGACGGCAAGGCUGGUCUUCCUUCAGUGCAUCACAUUCUGGAGCAGUUGGGGGUCUUGGAAGAGAAUCAUCAUUGCUCUCCCCCAGACCCGGGAAUAGUAGCGAGCUUGAGACAGCAUAUAUGCGAAAAUUCUGACGAGAUGUACGAGGCGACACUUUAUUCCCCCAAGAAUGAUCCCGGUGAUAGUCAAAUUGUGACGUUUGACAACCUUGAAGAUGGAUCGUGCUAUCAUACUUUUGCACCUCCACCCACCGAUAGGAUUUUGUUUCCGCCCCGUGGCGAUCAGUACGCUACAUUCUUCGAACUCCACCAUGCCACGCCGAAAGUCCAACUGACGCCAUCAAGCCAACAUUCUGACACGGCAUUCCUAUGGGAUUACGAUUCUACCAUGAGGCUUGAUGAGCCCGCUGGGGAAUUGCUAUCUGCCGAGGCGACGGUGGCGUUUGGCAUUUCUCAGCCGCCCGCGAUCUAUGGUAGAGGCACUGUCAUCCCUACAGAUACCUUCCACCAGCAACACUCGAGAUCUCCCUCAGAUCAGAACAUGCUCAUACCGGCCAGCACAGAGUCGAUUCAACACGGCUUUGGAUCGAUCGCCAUUCCCACCACAAAUGCUGUGGAUCAGCGGAAUAGGUAGAGUCAUGUACCGAGAUAGCGAAAACUACAAGUUACACCAUUAACGC